AUGGCCAUUUGUAAAUGGUUUGGUUACCCCGAUUUCUUCAUUACGAUAACUUGUAAUCCGAAAUGGCCAGAGAUUAAACGAUUUCUGAAGGACAAGAACAUUAAUCCGGAGGAUAGACCGGACAUUCUAUGUCGAUUGUUCAAAAUUAAGCUUGACGCAAUAAUAAAAGACUUGCAAGAGAAAUCUUUAUUCGGCAACGCAUCGGCAGUUGUGUAUACGAUAGAGUUUCAGAAACGAGGUCUACCUCAUGCCCAUAUCUGUCUGUUCUUAAAUGACGAAAGCAAGCUUCCUUCGGUUGACCAUGUUGACAACUUUAUUUCUGUCGAGAUACCUGACAAAAACUUAGAUCCAGAUCUGUAUAAUCUUGUCAGCGACUACAUGAUUCACGGUCCUUGUGGUGUUGCAAAACCAAAUUAUCCGUGUACGGUAGAAGGUACCUGUUCGAAGAAAUUUCCAAAGAAGUUCUCUGAGCAGACUACUCUAGAUUCGAAUGGUUAUCCGGUACAUAGACGAGCAGAUUCAGGAUUUUUUGUUGAGAAAUCUGGUAUUCAGCUUGAUAACAGAAGCGUGGUUCCGUAUAGCAAAACCCUUUUGAGACGUUAUCAGGCACACAUUAACGUCGAAUGGUGUAACCAGGCUGCGUCCAUAAAGUAUUUGUUUAAAUACAUUAACAAAGGACCAGAUAGGGCAGAAUUUGGUUUUGUACAAAAUGCCGAUGAAGGUCAGCUUGAAGAUAGUAAAGAUGAAAUCAAAGAGUAUUACGAUUGCAGAUAUUUAUCGGCUUGCGAAGCUACAUGGCGCAUCUUUGCAUUUGAUGUUCAUUACCGGUAUCCAUCCGUAAUGAGGCUUCCGUUUCAUCUACCAGAUAAACAAAACGUUGUAUAUGGCCCUGGUGACGAUCUUGAUAGUGUUCUUCAUAAACCAUCUGUUGCUUCUACGAUGUUUUUGGGGUGGAUGGAAAAGAACCAAAAAGAUCCGUCGGCGCGCAGCCUUACUUACGUUGAGUUCCCUACUAAAUUUGUUUGGAAGCUGAAGGAAAGGGUAUGGGAUAAGCGGAUAAUAGGCAAAACCAUUGGUCGAAUUCACUGUGUUAAUCCUUCUAUGGGCGAGGCUUACUUUUUAAGAAUCCUUCUUAAUAAGGUAAAAGGGCCUAAGUCUUUUGAAGAGAUCCGUACUGUGAAUGGACAAGCCUUCCUAACAUUUAGAGAUGCGUGCUACGCUAGAGGCCUUUUAGACGAUAACAAGGAGUAUAUAGAAGCUAUCAAAGAGGCAUACUACACAGGUUUAGGAUACUAUCUUCGUAAUCUGUUUGCUACAAUGUUGGCGUCUAAUACAUUAUCAAGGCCGGAACAUGUUUGGGAAAACACAUGGGAGUACCUUUCGGAUGGUAUUUUAUACAAUCACCAAAAGCUUUUGAGGAUCGAAGGUUUGUCUCUUCCAGAAGAACAAAUAAGGAACCUAACGUUGCUGGAAAUUGAGCGUUACUUAUUACGUAACAACUCAAGUUUAAGUCGGUUUCCGUCUAUGCCUCAACCCGAAAGUGAGUCAAUAUAUUCAGCAGACAACCGUUUAAUUGCUGACGAGCUUGGGUACGAUGUAAGCGCUACUGCGAUCGAGUUUGAUAAUAAUUUAAGAAGCCUAACUGAUGAGCAGCGUUUAGUGUUUGAUGAGAUAAUUGCAGCAGUUAAUAGUAAUGCUGGUGGUGUGUUCUUCGUCUAUGGCUACGGAGGCACUGGUAAGACGUUUCUGUGGAAGACAUUAUCUGCAUUCAUUAGAUGUAAAGGAGAUAUUGUACUAAAUGUUGCAUCAAGCGGUAUCACAUCUCUUUUGUUACCUGGUGGACGUACUGCACAUUCAAGGAAAACGAAAUUGAUAAUUUGGGAUGAAGCACCGAUGAAUCAUAAACAUGCGUUUGAAGCACUUGACCGAACAAUGAAAGAUAUCUUCAAAUGUGAGAUGACCUUUGGUGGUAAAGUUAUGGUGUUCGGUGGUGACUUUAGACAGAUAUUUCCGGUUGUACCAAAUGGCAGUAGGCGAGAAACCAUUAAUGCUUCAAUCACUUCGUCGUAUAUUUGGAGAGUGAACGCAUCUGAUAUAGAAGAGAUUAAAGCUUUUGCGAAUUGGUUGCUCGAGUUGGGGGAGGGAAAAAUUGGUGGCAGUGACGAUUGUGAGGUGGUUAUAGAUAUUCCUGAAGAUUUGUUAAUCAAAGCUACACUUGCACCAACAAACGAGGUUGUUCAAGAAAUUAAUGAAAGAUUGCUUGCUUCGUUUCCUGGCGAUGAAGGGGAGUAUCUGAGUUCUGAUAGUAUUUGUCAAACUGAUCAAGCAAAGAACAAAGCACAUGCGAGAUUAUAUUCUCCCGAUGUUCUGAAUGGUCUUAAAAUUUCUGGUCUGCCUAAUCAUCGAUUAGUCCUUAAAGUUGGUGUACCUGUAAUGUUGCUUCGUAAUAUUGAUCAACAAAAUGGUUUAUGCAACAGUACGAGACUACGGAUUACUAAACUUUAUAAACGUGUUAUAGAGGCUGAGAUUAUAUCCGGCGGAAACAUAGGGACCAGAACGUUUAUUCCACAAAUCAGUUUGACACCGUCGGAUAAAAGAAUUCCUAUCAAGUUUCAACGACGACAAUUCCCCUUAAAUGUAUGUUUUGCAAUGACUAUAAAUAAAAGUCAAGGACAGUCUCUAUCAAGGGUUGGAUUGUAUUUGAAAUAUCCAGUUUUCUCACAUGGUCAGCUUUAUGUUGCGUUAUCAAGAGUUAAAAGCAGAGCCGGUGUGAAGUUGCUUAUACUAGACAAAGAUUGGAAUGUAACGAGUAAAACAACAAAUGUAAAGUUUUUUCCGGCAUUUGAAUAG